AUGUGUAAAUCUGUAUGUUAUAUAUUUUUAGCUGCUUUUUGUGACGUGUAUGCCGUGGACCACGAGGCGCAAACAAACGUUGGAACUGUGCCGCUUGAUAACAACGUAGAAAUAAACCAAUCGGAAUAUGACGCGCUUGGAACAAGUCAUCUUGUAAAGUCUGACCGUCCUUUGGCCAUUUACUGCGGUACCCUUAUUGACACACAUCUCCAAUUACCGCCUGUCGAAACUCUGGGAAAGCAGUUCUAUAUACCCGCCAUUGCUCUUACAACUCUAACAGCUGAUGCCACUGUAGUAGUGCUAACUACAGAAGACAGCACUAUUGUAACCAUCCGAGGAGAUUACGACCAGAUGGAUACUAUUGACCUGAAAGGAGAAGUGAUGGUUAACAGAACGAUAGUGUCAGAUACGAAAUACAGUAUCGAAGCAACGAAACCAGUCCAUGUUCAUUUACAAAUAAGAUCUAACACAGUCAAUUUGGCGGCUGAUGUAUUCAUUCCCGCAAUAACGCAGUAUAAAAAGGACCAUGUUUUUCCGGGAUUUAUCGAGCACUUCGUCGAAAUACAUUCAAGCUUUGCAGUUGACAAUGGAGGCUACGAAACUCCAAGCCUGAUCAGUACGGGGGCCACUUCAAUUAAUGCCGCUACUUACGUCUACAAUAAACCGACAUUCUCAUUGACCGUAAUGAAGUAUCUUGGCACAACUAAAUUUUUUAUUGUACCCAGCGAUGUACUUUAUCAGGAUAUAAAUGAGGUUUGUACGUUGACAACUGGAUCUCCAGGAGACGGUGUUGAUAACGACUGUGAUGGUCUGAUUGAUGAAGAACAGUGUUCGGACAGUACGGCGCCGGGUACCAUCGACUUUGACAUAGAUGGUAGUUUACACGAAGACUGCGCUGCGAACACAAGCACAACUGCGAGCGUCCUACAUGAGUCGGUCCCGCAAACAAUGAUAACAUGUCCUCCCGCCACCGGAAACGGAAGUAAUGUUAACGAUACGGAUGCAGGAGGAAUUGUUAUUAGCGGUACGAACUCGACGGAUGAUUCAGUGUCUUUGACCUCUAUGAAUACGCCAAACGUCACAACCACAGGAUCAGCACCAUCUUUUGAGCCCUUGACAUUCAUUGGACCAAGCAUAACAAUUCCGACAACGGCGCCAGCCCCAGGAUCAACGCCGCCUCCAGUAGAGACAUGUCGCACAGAAUGCCUGUGUCCCUGUGGCUGGGUGGCUAAUCCGCAGAAUUACACAGAAGAGGAACUCGCAGCGUCUGUUGUAGAAAUCCAGGAAAAGUUGAAAGUAAAGAAGACUGAACUGAGUGCAGUGAUUCGCCAGAAGACAAGUGCUACCGAUGACAGGCCGGCGGCAACCGCCGUCGGAUUCGCUGGUUUGGCCUUUAUGGUGGUUGUACUGGGCACGGUGGCUCUACUGGAUAUUACUACCCUGUUUUGCGACAUCAUAACAUUGGGCAGGACAGUCAAAACGUUUUUUACAUCUUAGAUACAUUUGUAUUGCAAAUAUGUUAAAUUGUUAAUCAUCUAACAUGUAUAUUAUACCUGGCAUGAUUCAAAAAGAAAGUGAAAAAUUCGGUAACUCUUUGUAUAGUAAUUAUCACCAGUAAAGGUAUAACUAUUUCAUCUAUCAAUUCAUAAGCUAAAAGUGGUAUAAUUGACUUGAAAUUAGUGUUCAAUAAUCAGAAAAAUAUAAAAUUAUACAGACUGCUUGUUUCCUAUAGCUUUAAUUUUGUGCUAGGGAUAAAAAAAUAAAAUAUAAGGGUUAAAAUAUGAGUCAACUAUGGCGUUGUAUAAUUUAAACAUCGUUUUUGAGGACAUCUUCAGUCUGGAAGACGAUCAUUUUGACAAGGCGUCUCACAAAAAAUUACGUCAUUUGUUAGAAAAGUAUGAUAUUUUUGUCGAUUUUUCCUAGCGUUAAAUGUAGCUUGUUUUGUGUGAAUUAUUUACUUUUCAUUUAAAUACUGCGUGUGACAAUUGUCUGAUUAUUGGUGUAUUGAUGUAUAUUUAAUAAAUGGGCCCUUUAUGUUUAAACAAAGUUCUAUUGACAUAAUUUUCCGAUUGUUUUUGUAACUUACUGCAAUAUACAACAGUUCGAGCUAAGACUUAGUGUCCGUUGUUGGCGAAAAUAUGUGUAUUUGGUGAAAAUUAAUCAAAAGAAGGAAAAAAACCUAAAAUGCAUUAUUCUUGUUUAAAUCACGACACCCUGGAAAAUGGAACAAAAUUGAAUUAAAAAAAAUUGAGCCGCACCAUGAGAAAACCAUGAGAAAACC